AUGAUGGCCUCCGCAUCGCCUCUCCUAACAUGGCGAACCACGAUCGCAUUUGCACUUGCGUUUCUGGGGGCAGGUCUUGCUCAGAACACCGACAAUGUCACAGAGCCUCUAUCUACGUUCAAAUCGAGACCUGAUAUCCUCGCCCCUGCGCUCAAUGUAUCUAUCCAGAAUUCAAGUCCCGAAGGAUUCGCGCCUGGCUACAUAUUUAUCGCGCCCUUUCAAGCAACCCAGACGGGGCCCUACAUCUACGACAAGUUCGGAAAUCUGAUAUGGAGCGGCUACGGCACGAUCGGACCGGGAAAUGUCCAUGAUUUCAAGGUCUGCUCUUACGGUGGAGCUGAUCACCUCUGCGCUUUUCAAGGCAAUCAGCGCCCCGGCUAUGCGCUCGGCCACGGCAUCAUCCUCGACGAAACAUACACAAUCGUCAAGACUGUACAGAUGGGAACAGGCGCAUCGUCAAUGGACAUGCAUGAGUUCAGUCUGAUCUCCGGGGGGGACACUGCGCUGGCCAUCUCGUACCAGCCUGCGCCGAUGGAUCUGACUGCAUAUGGUAUCACUUUUGGCCAAGGAUGGAUAAUGCAAGGCGUGUUUCAGGAGAUCAAUGUCACGAGUGGAGAAGUACUCUUCAGCUGGAGUUCUCUUGGCCACAUCCCUCCCCUGGCCUCCGGCGUGAUGCCCAACACAACAGACGUUUCUGGAACGGGUCUGACGCCCCAGUCACCGUGGGACUACUUCCACAUCAACUCCGUCGAAAAGUCCCCCUACAGCAGCGACUACCUGAUCUCCGUCCGGCACACCUCCUCCAUCUACCUAAUCGACAGCUCCACCGGCGCCGUCCUCUGGACACUGUCAUCCGACCCAUCCUCCACCUACGCCCUCCAAAACUUCAACUUCAGCUUCCAGCACGAUGCCCGCUUCCUCGCCGACAACAGCACCCACACCAUCCUCUCCCUCUUCGACAACGCCUCCAACGGCUUCACCCGCACCGCCACCGAGUCCUCAACCCUGCACAUCCUCCUCGAUCACACCCUCCGCACUGCCACCCUCCUCGCGCGCUACAUGGCCCCCGUCCCAGGCGGCCUCCUCUCCGACUCCCAGGCAAACUCCCAGACGCUGCCCAACGGCCACAUCUUCACAGGCUGGGGCUCCGUCGCCGCCGUCUCUGAAGUCCGCGCCGACGGUGAGCCGGUUCUGUUCGCGACGUUCGGCCGCUACCCCAUAAUGAACUACCGUGCCUACUCGUUCGAGUGGGUCGGCCGGCCCUUGACUGCCCCCUCGCUCGCGGCUUUCGCCCGGGAUACGGCUCCCGGGACGCCCAUGUCCAUCUAUGCGAGCUGGAACGGCGCGACGGAGGUGCGGGAGUGGGUCUUCCAUGGCAGCGCGGAGAGGGAGGCUGGGUUUACGGUAUUGGGGAGCGCGGCGUGGGAGGGGUUCGAGACGGAGUUUGUCGGGGCUGGGUUCAACGCGUGGGUGUAUGCGGAGGCCGUUGAUGGCGCGGGAACGGUAUUGGGCAGGAGUGCGACGGUGGGGACCGUUGUAUCGGGUUAG